AUGGUCGCCGGUGAGCUGGUGCAGGAGCAUGUUCGCGCGGACCCGGGAGCACCGGACGACAUCACGAUCCCCAGGAGGAGUCCGGAGCUCCCGGGGGGCGCCGCGGCCGAGCGACACGAGGAGCCCACUAACGGAGCGGUGAGGACGGGCGGGGGACGGGAGGAAGCAGCCGACCCCGCUCAGGAGGAGGAGAAGCAGGAGGAGAAGCAGGAGGAGAAGUGGUCAGAGGAGAAGGAGGCGCUGCCGGAUGAGAGCGAGGCGAUGCUGCCCAGCGGAGGCGCGGCGGAGGCGGCGAAGAGCCGGGACACGCAGCUGUUCGCGCGGCGGUUCGCGGUGCUCGCCGUGUUCAGCCUGUACUCGCUGGUGAACGCCUUCCAGUGGAUCCAGUACAGCAUCCUCACCAACGUGUUCACGCGCUUCUACGGGGUGUCCAACGACAAGGUGGACUGGCUCUCCAUCGUCUACAUGGUGGGCUACGUGCCGCUCAUCCUCCCGGCCACCUGGCUGCUGGACCGGCGGGGGCUGCGGCUCACGGCCCUGCUCGGCGCGGGCCUCAACUGCGCCGGCGCCUGGCUGAAGUGCGCCAGCGUCGGCCCGGGGCUGUUCGGAGUCACCGUCACCGCGCAGGUCAUCUGCUCCGUGGCGCAGGUGUUCAUCCUCGGCCUGCCGUCCCGCAUCGCCUCGGUGUGGUUCGGUCCCCGGGAGGUGUCCACCGCGUGCGCCACGGCCGUGCUCGGGAACCAGCUGGGGACAGCCAUAGGCUUCCUGUUGCCUCCAGUGUUAGUUCCCAACACACCUGACGAUCUUGAGCUGAUGGGUCGCAACAUCAGCGUCAUGUUCUACGGUACCGCCGCUCUCUCCACGGGCCUCUUCCUGCUCACAGUAAUAGUGAUAAAGGACCGCCCCCCCCUCCCACCCAGCCCGGCCCAGGCUGUUCUACCAGACUCUCCCACUGAGGAUUACUCCUACAAACAGUCCAUCCUCAACCUGAUCCAGAACAAAGCCUUCAUCCUGCUGCUCAUCAGCUACGGUAUAAUGACGGGCUCCUUCUACUCCGUCUCAACUCUUCUCAACCAGAUGAUCAUGACCUUCUACGAGAACCAGGAGUUGAACGCUGGGAGGAUUGGUUUGACUCUAGUUGUUGCUGGGAUGGUCGGAUCCAUCCUCUGUGGCCUGUGGCUGGACCACACAAAGACAUACAAGAUGACGACUCUGAUGGUGUACGUCCUGUCGUUUGGGGGCAUGGUGGUCUUCACCUUCACUCUGGACCUCGACAGCAUCUACCUGGUCUUCUUCACGGCUGGAGUCCUGGGCUUCUUCAUGACGGGCUACCUGCCUCUGGGCUUCGAGUUCGGAGUGGAGAUCACGUACCCGGAGCCGGAGGGAACAUCGUCAGGACUCCUCAACGCCUUCGCUCAGAUUUUCGGGAUCAUUUUCACUCUGAUUCAGGGCAAACUGAUGACAGAUUACGGUCCUCGAGCUGGAAACCUCUUCCUCUGCGCUUGGAUCUUCCUCGGAAUACUACUUACUGCCAUGAUUAAGUCAGAACUGAAAAGACACAAUGUCAACAUGGGUGCAGACUGCGGAGACCUACAAGCAGUCCCUAGUGAGUCUCCCGAGGAGCAGACGAUUCUCGACAAGAAAACCAACGGAGUCAGUCUGGCCUCCUCCAUCAGCUUCUCCCAUGAAACCUCAGUGUGACGCUGCCAAGUCCCUGAAUCACUGGUCGAACCCGAAGGCCUCCCCGCUGCCCUGGGAUACGUGUCGGCACCCGCGUACCGACCAGAACCAGAGGGAGUCGGUGGAACCCUCGACCCAAACGUCGCUCCUCUGCAGAGGGAUCCACGUCCCUCAUGCCCCCAGUCACCGGCAUGGUGAAAGAAGCGUAAGCAAGUAGCCGCCUGCAGAAGAAGCUCCUCUGCACUUUAUCUGUGUUGUACUUUGUGAUUGUGGCGCUUUGCAAACCUGCCCUCGAUGGAAAACAGACUCCAGAGGAAUCAUGGUGGUUUCUCUGGUCGGAGUCUGCAGGUCACUGGGAGGAGGAGGAGGAGACAGUGAGCAGCUUUAGGUUUGUCCCGCGGCCUCGGCCAAGAUUUCCUGAUUUUACUUGAAUUAUCCCCGGAUGCUCUGGACUGCAGCAUUGAGACGCACUGUACAUGUUGUGAUAUCAUCGCUUCUUUCUCCUCGUGCGACGGUGGUUGUGUCGGGAAUCCUACGAGAAGCUGCUCUGAUUUGAAGCUGCUUCAGAUUUCAACGUGAAUCGAGUUUUUUAAUCUACGAGGCUGAAAGAAAAAAAAAUAAACUCCAGCCAGGACAGACGGACAGUGAAUCUUUUAAUGUCCAGUCAAGGUUGAUCUAAAUUUGGAUUCAGAUUUCAAGAGCGUGUCCUUGAUCCUUUUUCUCUCUUUCCACUUUAUCUACUCGUCAUCACACAGUGAGCGAGGGAAUGGAGGGACGAUGAAGGAAGGUGGAAAAACAACAAAAAGGAAAUUUUGUCUCAUUAGUUUUUGCGUAAUCCUUCCGACAAACAAAGAAAACAACCAAUAAACAGACCAAUGGACAUUUGCUAAAUUCUGAGGUCAGCUUUAAUUUAUUUGUGAACAGAUUUCUUUGAUCAUCAAAGAGGUCAGUGACACCUUGAAGGAAAUGACCGACUUGCUCUGACUGAUUGAACGGUUCAAGUAGAUCAUGACAUUAGAAGAACCGCUCUCUUGUUCUGUGUUGUGAGAUCUUCGAUGAACGUGGACCAAACUGAAUGUGAACACGUCCUGAGUAAAGCGUACAACAGGAAAAUAAACGCACAACUUCAAAGUUUGAACUCGUUUCAAUGCACAAUCUGAAAUGUUUUGGUUGUUUUUGGUGUCGACUCCGAUUGGUAGUUGUUCCGCUGAGAAUCUGAAGGUUUGGAGAUGAUGUGGAGAUAGAAGAACGGCGCCCUCUUGUGGGUGAGGAGUAACACAGCGAGCAGAGCAGACAGGGGGAAGCACAAACGUGUGACAAAAAGGAAAUGAUUAUUUAUAUUUACACAUCCACCUCUGUUGUUGUGUUUUUCUUUAGUCACAUGUAAAAAAAACUGACUUAUAGAAGGAAUCCUGCUUUUCUUUACUGUCUUUACCCAUUUCUGAAGCAAAUAUUUUCCUUUUUUAACUUUUGUCUGUGCGGUUUGAGAACACACAUGAAACCUGUGUUCACCUGGUGUUGACAAUUUUAAACCACGUCUACUUUAGGUUUUGUCCUUUUCUUCAACUCUCUCCUAAAGGUUGAAAGUAACUGAAAACUUCACAACUCAGACUGAAGACAUAAUGUUUAAAUAACUGAAGAUGCAUCAUUAUGGAUUCAAACGAGACAUUGUUGAACUUCCAGCUGCUCAUCAGGUUUAAAGCAGUUGACCUGCGACAAUUUUAAAGUAGAACUUACAUUAAUGACAACCCUAUAAUAUAAUUCAUUUUCUGAAAUGUUAUGUUUGAUAUUUUGAUUAGUUUUUGAUUCUUUCUAAUACUUUACUUUUUUUUAAAUUUCUGUUAAACUUUGAAUGUAGAACCUUUAAUGGUUUGAGCGGUUUUUACUUCAAGUGUCAGGAAGUGACAUCGGACACUUUCACAAUGAGGAGGUUCACCAGGUUAUUUAUUGUCAAGACUAAAAAAACAUCUCCAUAUUUAACAUUUAAUCAUCAACGGAACUGUCCAUGGCUCUCUUACAUGUCUGAGAAUAGCAGAAAGGCUGUUGACUCAUUUUGUUGUAACCCUUUGUGUUUCUCAACGUGAUGAAAUGUGUGUAUUGUGUAACCACCUCACUCUCACUUCUCCUUUGGUUGAAACUAUUUGUUUGGUUCCUUUUCAGUAUAGUUUGUGUUAAUGAUUGAUGUAUUUGUUUCUGCUCUGUAGAUUCUAGUGGACGAUAAUCUGACAUUUCCUUGUUCAAUCAAAUUUUUUUAUCACACGUGUGUCUUGUUUGUAAAAUGCUUUCUUUUUUUUGGUCAAGUUUAGAUAUUUAUUAAUCUGUGAAUAAACUCUAGCAAGUAGCACUGAUAUUUAAUUACAAAUGCUUCUCUGGUCUGAUUAAUGACAAAUGUUUUGCUAUUUGUAUUUAUAAAAGUCUUCCGUCUCAUGUUUGGAUCUGAUCGCCUCCAUCCGGUCUUCCACGUUUCUCCAUACGACCAGAAAGAGAGAAGGAAAUGUGGUGUAGUGGUUCUGUGACGUCUUCUGAGAGUAUUCAUCAUUCUAGUGACUUUUAAUACACAUCUUCUCUGUUCAUCAUCCGGCAGCAUGACGGUGAAUGUGACAGUGAGUCCAAAAAUAAAAAGUGAAGGAACA